AACUCUAUUAUGGGAAGACUUAUGGUAAUGACCAACGUGAAUAUAGAUUCUCUUCGAUUACAGUCAGAAACUUGGGUUGAACAACUGAAAGAUGCAAUGAAUGUUAAUGGUGGUGAUUUAGAGAAUGCUACUCGCAUUGAUUAUAUACUACAUUUUAUUACCUUUGGUUGGAAAAUUAUCUUUGCACUUGUUCCUCCUACAGCUAUGCUUGGAGGAUGGUUAACUUUUGUUGUAUCUUUGGUUGCUAUUGGAAUAUUAACAGCAAUCAUUGGUGACAUGGCAUCUANGCUGACAAUGCCAUUGGUAAUGUUACAGGAAGGAGAAAUAUUUAAAGUAAAAGCAGGCACUUUAGGAUUUAGUGUUGGUAUCUAUUCAGCAGCUGCUUUCAUCUGCAUAGCUUUAUUAAUGAUGAGAAGAUAUCUGAGAAGAUGUGGAGGUGGAGAAUUAGGAGGAUCAAAA